CUAACCCGCAGCAGGCAAGAUCGCAUCAGUUUCCGUUCGGCGGGCCCAGUGUUAGGUUCGCUAGCUCGCUAGAACACUCCGACAUGGCGACCGUCCAGCAGGUGGACAAGCGUCCAGAAAAAUACGAUCCAUAUCGUCCGGUAGAUUCCCCGCUGCAUCGUCAGAUUGCACAGGAUGAGCUGCGCGAGGAUGAGGCGAUCGUUGACCAGGCGUUACGGCAGAUGCGCGAAUGGAUCGCACAAAAUCCGGCCAUCCUAUCGUGCCGUACCGAUGCCAACUUUCUGCUGCGCUUCCUGCGUGUACGCAAAUUUUCCCAUCUGGCCGCGUGUGAAACGUUGGAGCGUUAUCUUGCAACCCGGCAACGAUUUCCGGCCUGGUACAGCCGGCUCGAUACGGCCGCACCGUGGGUAAGCGCUAUGAUCGACAGUGAGUUUGUGGUGCCGCUUGGACGGGACGAUCGGGGCCGGAUUGUGUAUCUGGUCCGGUACGCUAAUCUGGACAUUGACCGGUUCGAAGUGACGGACCAGAUACGCUUCUUUACGAUGGUGUUCGAGAGCGUUUUCGCCAGCGAGCUGAACCAGAUCGCUGGGAUCGUGUGCAUCUUCGACGAAAGCAACGUGCCGAUGCGAGCGUUCGCUCAGUGGUCGUUGACGGAUAUUAAAAACUAUAUCGACUGUGUGACGAAAGCGUUCCCGAUACGGGUGAAGGAGGUGCACGUGGUCAAUUUGCCGCUGUUCGGUGCGACGGUUGGUGAGUGGAUUUUAAGCUGCUGCAGCGAGAAGCUGCGCAGUCGGUUUAAGUGUUACCGCACGAUGGAGGAGUUUGUCGGCAAAUCUAAUCUACUGUCCCUGAUGCCCAAGGAGUACGGUGGCAAGCAGGAAGCGAAAGACCUGAAGCGACAGUUCAGGGAAACGUUGGACCAUUACCGGAACGUAAUACUGGCGCUGGACGACAUGAAGGUGGACGAGAAGCGGAGCGCGUCGUUGAAGAAUCAACACACUGAUGCUGGAAUCAUUGGAAGUUUCCGUAAGCUGGAUGUCGAUUAACUGCAAGCUUGUACGACUGUUGUAAUGCAUUUCGAGUAGAAAUAGGGCAGAUGUGUGCCUUGAGACUUCCUAGCUUGAUUUGUUGCUGACCUGCAAGCUGAUGCGCUCGUGCGCGCCAAGGCCAGAACGGCUAGGAGGCGUUCAGUAAACAGGUUUUACUUGACUCGCGAUGCUGGUAAGGACGCUGGUGUAGAAUUAGUGCAGCGGAGGUAACGAUUUUAAUUACCAUCGACGAGACUCAUCCGGCAGAACAUUUAAGAUCACUUGAUUCUACUUUUGGCAUGUUUUUUUUCUCUAUUUAGGAAUAAAAAAACGUACACCAACAUGGAA